CUUCUGUCCGCAGGUGCAGAACUCAGCUGGUUCUUUGGCCUUGAAUAAAGAAAGACGGGAGCAGGAGGGAACGCAGAGCCACUGCCCGCCAGGCCCCUGCCGCGCAUCCCCGCUUCCUGCAGCCAGAGGCAGCCAUGGCCAGCGCCCAGAGCUCCUUCUCCUUCCCCAUGGGGCACUUUGUCCUCUUCGUCUUCAUCGCUUCCACCGUCUACCACCUGCAGCAGCGGCUGGCGCAGAUGGAACCCAGGUGGGAGGAGCAGAAGGCGCGUCUCCCACCAGCGCCGCCUGUGCAACCCGAGGGCAGCGAGAGGCCCACGGCCCCGCAGCCUGAGGGCAUGUGGACGAUCAACGCCAUCGGCCGCCUGGGCAACCAGAUGGGCCAGUACGCCACGCUGUACGCCCUGGCCAAGAUGAACGGGCGGCCGGCCUACAUCCCCGCGCACAUGCACAACACGCUGGCCCCGCUCUUCCGCAUCAGCCUCCCGGUCCUGCACGGCGCCACGGCCGGCAGCGUCGCCUGGCGCAACUACCACCUGGACGACUGGAUGCAGGAGCGCUACCGCCACAUCCCCGGCCGCUACGUGCGCCUCACGGGCUACCCCUGCUCCUGGACCUUCUACCACCACCUGCGGCCCGACAUCCUGCGCGAGUUCAGCCUGCACGAGCACGUGCGGCGCGACGCCCAGGCCUUCCUGCGGGAGCUGCGCGUGGGCGGCGCGCGGCCGCGCACCUUCGUGGGCGUGCACGUGCGGCGCGGUGACUACGUGCAGGUGAUGCCGCGCGUGUGGAAGGGGGUGGUGGCCGACCGCGGCUACCUGCGGCAGGCGCUGGACUGGUUCCGCGCCCGCUACCCCGCGCCGGUCUUCGUGGUCACCAGCAACGGGAUGGCCUGGUGCCGGGAGAACAUCGACGCCUCGCGCGGCGACGUGGUGUUCGCGGGCACCGGCGUGGAGGGCUCGCCCGGCAGGGACUUCGCGCUGCUCACGCAGUGCAAUCACACGGUCAUGACCAUCGGGACCUUCGGCAUCUGGGCCGCCUACCUGGCGGGAGGGGACGCCGUGUACCUGGCCAACUACACGCUGCCCGACUCGCCCUUCCUCAAGGUCUUCAAGCCCGAGGCGGCCUUCCUGCCGCAGUGGGUGGGCAUCGCCGCCGACCUGUCCCCAUUGCUCAAGCUGGAGGAAGAGAAGUCCCACCAACGCGGCCACACCACGCGGCCGGGGCCUGGCACGAGCAGGCCGGGGGCGCCCAGCUCCAGCCUCAGUUAACCCAGCAGCUCAGCAGCGUCAUGGGCGAGCUCAGCGCCACCGUCUUGUUAUUUUAUUGUUGCAUCUUAGAAAUUGUAAUGGUAACACUCCUCACAGGGAGUUCGCACUGCACAGGAUACAGCUCGCUUUUUUCCCAUUCCCCUCCCUCCCCCUCCCUUCCCCUCAUUUACAAAAGCUGUUUUCACUUUCCCCUCUGUUCUUUUUUUUUCCCCGUCCCUUCUUUCGUCCCUCCCCCCUUGUUUCCCUUCUUAUUUGAACACUUUCUUCCAUUUCCCAGUAUCUGUCAUACAUUUUUGCACUUUCGGCUUCUCAUACUGGAGAAACAGUGUGGUAUUUACACAUGUGCCA